AACAGACAAACCGGAGAUCUCUGUGGAGAAGUUGGUGGCUGGGAAAAUGGCGACAGUAACCUGCAGAAGUCCAGGAACAUGCGCUGGAUCUGCUCCUCGCAUCACAUGGAAUAGAAAGAAUGAAGAUUUAUACAAUUACCAAAAUAAUUACCCAAAUAAAACCAGGACUUACUUCUCCAAUAUUACAUUCGCCCCUACAAAGGAUGACAACAGAUCGCCCCUGGUCUGCAGAGUGGAUUUCCUGGAAAACACGGCUGUGACAGAACAGACGAUCGUCCUAAACGUGGAAUACCCUCCUGAUGUGACUAUCACCAUUGAAGGAUCCUUCACCAGAUCUUCUGCACCCCAGGCAAGACCUUCAGACUUUCCAGCUGGUGACACAAAUGAAACGUUUAUAGUCAAAGAAGGAGACACCAAGAUGAUAAACUGCCAGGUGGACAGUAACCCAGUGGCGGAAAUUACUUUGUUCGUUGGAGAUGAAGUGAAACGAGGACCAACUAGUGGAAGCACGCUGGUCUACAGUCUUCACAAUAUUAGUCUUAGUGAUGCUGGGAAAUACUGGUGUUCGGGACAGAAUGAUCAUGGGACCUCCAACAGGACCAUUCAAAUAAUUGUUCACUAUCCUCCCAGAACACCAAAUAUAAUCUGUACAGCAACUAAAGAUUGUACCGUAGUCAAGCAGCAGAUGAUAUAUGUCUUGGAGAAAUCCACAAUCUCUUUACUCUGCACAGCGGAAAGUCUCCCGGAGGCUUCACUGUCCUGGGCAACUUCUGGUCCAAGCACUAACCAAACCAGAGUCAGUGGCCUUCUCACGCUUUCCAACGUAUCUCUCAGCGAUGAAGGACAGUUUACUUGUGAAGCCACUAAUAAUUAUGGGAAGUCAUUGUCCUUGGUCAACAUCAAAGUGACCUAUAAACCCAGAACAGUUACUGGGAAAAUUUCCAGCUGCUUGAGUCAUGGAGGAUUCAUUAAGUGUGCCUGUAUAAUCCAGUCAUUUCCAACCGCAAAUAUUGAAUGGGAUAUUGAUGGAAACUUAUAUCCUUCCAACCACAACAAUAAGGAACUUAAUAUUUCUACCGCGACAGUAAAUGCAGUGACCAAUAGCGCGCUGACACUUACGUCAAGCCGGGCGAAUAUCCAAGCUAUCCAGUGCAUUGUCUCUAAUAGACAUGGACAACUUAAACUCCUAUUGUUAGAUUACACUCAAUCAAGUGCCAACACUGUGAUGAUCGCUGCCGUCAGUUGUGUAGUUGUCAUUGUGUUGCUGCUCAUUGGAGGUUUCCUAGUCAUGCAUCAUUUCAGAAAGAACUUUUCAAAGAAACCAGAAGACAAGAAGGAGAUCAAUGCUGAUGACUGCAGUGUGAUUUACAGCAACUCAGAUGUGCACCUUUAUGGUAACCAGAUGAUAGAGAAUGGGAACAACUCAAUCAAUUCAGUGCUGGACAACAGCGACACCUCUUUAUAUAUGAACUUUGGAGAUGUGCAAUAUGCGACUAUUAAUUUUUCGAAUCUGAAGCCUAAAAUUGCUCCAGAAACCAUGGAAGUUGAAUAUGCAGAAAUCAAGAAAUAGCAUGUGGUCAAUUAGAAUCUGUCCAUUUACCUACUGUACUGUGUACAAUUGAUUACAGUUUUUAUGUUGUUAUACUAUGUAUUAUCAGUGGUUUUAAAGGGGUCUUCCAGUGCAAAAAUUUAACUCCAAUAGAAAUCCUGUCCCCAAAUGUACAUUUUAGUAACUUGCCUUUAUUUAAAAUGUUACAGUUUUCUCCACCUUCUUGGAGGCUUUUCCUGAGACAUGAAAUGUCUUGUAGUUCUAUUGUUCUUGAAAGGAAGGAAUAUCCUGUGCCUUCAGCAGAACAUGCAUCCCCAAAACUGACCUCCCAUUCGACGUCCCCUGACCCUCUCACUAUGUUUUGUCCUCACUGCACACUUUCAACUGCUGAUGAAAGAGGAAGUUUGGUGACCCCCAUGCACCACCAGUACCUGUAGAUCUGUCCACAGAUGAAAGAACUGCUGCCGGUGUGGAUAUUCCAGCGUAGUGCAGCCACAGAAAAUGUGGUGGGGUGGGUGGUGUGGGGGGUGGAUUCUAAUGAGGCAGUGGGUGGAAGGACCAAGGGGGAGAGUCCAAGAAACUGUGUCAAACUCCUUUGGUCACUUGAUCAGAUGGCGUCUUGACAUUGUCUCAGGUAAAGACUGUCAGAAGACAGGAAAACUAAUUGUAAAUGAAGCCAAAUGACUAAAAUCUAUAUAUAUGGGGAAGGGGUGUCUAUUAGAAUAUCAUUGUGUGCACUGGAAUAUCCUUUUAGGAAUGAGACUGUAUAUUUAUUUUUGUCUUAAUUUAUUAUAAUUUCCCUAUUAAAAUAAUAAAAGAUGUACAAAAACAAUAAAACAUAAGUCUAAUAGA